AUGGCUCUGAAUUUUCUUUCCCCAACUGAAAUCAAGUCCCUUUCUUUCUUGGACACUUCUAAAUCUUCUUACAACCUUAAUCUCCUCAAAAACCAAGGUGAGUUUGCUUUGAAAAGGAAGGAUGGAACUACUGUUGCCAAGGGAGUCCACUGUUCUGCACAGAAGCAGCCUCCUCCGGCUUGGCCAGGGCGGGCUGUUGUCGAGCCAGGUCGUAAAAGUUGGAAUGGUCCAAAGCCUAUCUCAAUCAUUGGAUCUACUGGUUCCAUAGGAACCCAGACAUUAGACAUAGUUGCUGAAAAUCCAGAUAAAUUUAAAGUCAUUGCACUUGCAGCUGGUUCAAAUGUGACCCUUCUUGCCGAUCAGGUAAAGAGAUUUCAUCCUCAAUUAGUUGCUGUUAGAAAUGAGUCAUUAGUUGAUGAACUCAAAGAGGCUCUGGCAGACAUGGAAGACAAGCCUGAAAUUAUUCCAGGAGAGCAGGGAACCAUCGAGGUUGCACGCCACCCCGAUGCAGUCACUGUAGUAACAGCAAUAGUUGGCUGCGCAGGUUUGAAGCCUACGGUGGCCGCCAUAGAAGCUGGAAAGGACAUUGCUUUGGCCAAUAAAGAGACACUAAUUGCUGGAGGCCCUUUUGUCCUCCCCCUUGCUCACAAGCAUAAUGUAAAAAUUCUUCCUGCUGAUUCGGAACAUUCUGCUAUAUUUCAGUGUAUACAAGGAUUGCCAGAAGGUGCUCUCAGACGUAUAAUUUUGACUGCUUCGGGAGGUGCAUUCAGGGAUUGGCCUGUAGAUAAAUUGAAAGAAGUGAAAGUAGCUGAUGCUUUGAAGCAUCCCAACUGGAAUAUGGGAAAAAAAAUUACGGUGGACUCAGCCACCCUCUUCAACAAGGGCCUCGAAGUUAUUGAAGCUCAUUAUCUUUUCGGAGCUGAAUAUGAUGACAUUGAGAUCGUUAUACAUCCCCAGUCAAUCAUACAUUCAAUGAUUGAGACACAGGAUUCGUCUAUAUUGGCGCAAUUGGGGUGGCCUGAUAUGCGUUUGCCUAUUCUCUACACAUUAUCUUGGCCUGACCGCAUUUACUGUUCUGAGAUUACUUGGCCUCGACUUGAUCUUUGCAAGCUUGGGUCUCUUACAUUCAAGGCUCCUGACAAUGUGAAAUAUCCAUCUAUGGAUCUGGCCUUCGCUGCUGGACGAGCGGGGGGGACCAUGACGGGGGUUCUUAGUGCAGCUAAUGAAAAAGCUGUAGAACUGUUUAUCAAUGAAAAAAUAAGUUACCUGGACAUCUUUAAAGUUGUGGAGCUAACCUGUGACAAGCACCAAUCAGAACUGGUAUCAUCGCCUUCGCUCGAGGAAAUUAUACAUUAUGACUUGUGGGCUCGGGAUUACGCCGCCAGAUUGCAACCCUCGGCUGGUUUGAGUCCUGCUCUUGUUUGA